GAUAUAACCAGAGCGGCUGUCCAUGAGCAGCGCACUUUUCUCUCGCUCCGUUUGCGCACAUAGAGCGGCUUUCCAUUCAUUUCAGCCUCUGCUGGCGCGGAUCCGCUCAACUUUUUACGCGCAUUUAAGUUUUCUUUAAACGUUCCUAGUUUACAGUUUUACAUAAGAAAACAAGACUAGAUAAGAGAAUAAGAAACUCUGCUGGAUCUCCGGGUGGGAAAGUUAGAAUUUAAAGGGACUUUUUGAGCCAUUUUUCCUCCUCAGACCUGCAGCGCGCUGCGGGACUCCGAGCCGAAAGCUGCCCGUUCUCCAAUGCAAAAGUACGUUUAUGAGAAAGCGAUGGCCCAAGAGACAAGGAACGGAGGAAACUCUACGUUAAACAACAACAGCGGGCUGGACAAAAGCAGAAAGAAGCUGCUGGUUGCGCUCGACAUCUUCUGCCUCCUGCUUGCUAGCCUGCCUUUCCUGAUCAUUGAGACUAGCACCAUAAAGCCGUACCAGCGCGGGUUUUACUGUUCGGACGAGUCCAUCCGCUUCCCCCGAAAAGAGGGAGAGACCAUUAGUGAUGCCGUGCUUUGUGGUGUUGGCAUUCUUAUUGGCACCGUCUCUAUUGUGAUUGGAGAAUGCUUCAGGGUUCACCAGCUCCACGUGGGAACAAAGUCAUUUGUUGGGAACGCUUACGUGGCGGCGCUCUACAAACAGAUCGGUGUCUUUCUCUUCGGCUGUGCCGUCAGCCAGUCGUUCACGGACAUCGCUAAGGUGUCUGUGGGUCGGAUGAGACCCCACUUCUUAGACGUCUGCAGACCAGACUUCUCCACCAUAAACUGCAGUGUUGGUUACGUCACCAACUAUACGUGCACUGGUGAUGAGAGUGAGGUGCAGGAAGCCAGGAAAUCCUUCUUCUCAGGACAUGCCUCCUUUUCCCUGUUUACUAUGCUCUACUUGGCUUUCUACAUCCAGUCCAGGUUCACUUGGCGCGGCGCUCGCCUCCUACGCCCCUUGCUCCAGUUCACCUUGUUGAUGAUGGCCUUCUACACCGGUUUGUCACGCGUCUCAGACCACAAGCACCACCCGACUGACGUCCUGGCUGGCUUUGUGCAGGGAGCCCUGGUGGCCUACUGCAUAGUGUUCUACGUGUCUGACCUGUUCAAGCCCAGGGAGACGUUGGCCACGCCCCCUCCCUCCCCGAUCAAGAAGGAGCUGCUGCCUUCGUCCGACAUUAUUGACAGGAACAACCACCACAACAUGGUGUAAGGGAGACCGCACCCCCUUCGCCUGCCGGGGAGCCAAUCACUGCGCUGCUCAACAACCCCCCACCCCCACCCCCAAAACGCCCCAAUCGGACGAUCGAAUGUAGCGACAAGACACUGUAGCUGCUUCAUUAAUGGCAUCCUCCCUUCCUCCCAGCGCCCAGCGAGGCGCUCCUUGUAGACUAGGGUGUCAGGUUUGAGAUUUGCACAGCAGAGUCCACAUUCACUACCCAGACUUAUUAUUUUCCUAAUCAUGAUAACUACUAAUCAGCAUUUGAGCCCCUCUGUUUGUCAGUCUGAGCACAAACGGAGACGAAUCUGAGAGAUGAUGAGCUGGCGAGCCAAAACUGGAGUUAUAGAGGUGUGACUGAAAUAUAACCUCAUGAAGGACGAAGCACAAAAAAAAAGUUGAUUUAUAACACACACCCCCACCCUCCCUCCCCCUCCUGAGAGGCAGAGAGGUUUAUUCCUCUCCCAAAUCCCUGUGGCCUUGGAUAACCAUUGGACAACAACUUCCUCAUCUAAGGGAAGGAUCCUACUGCAACAGUUAGCAGCAGAAAAACAUAGAAAUCUGGAAGUUAAAGCACUGUUUUAACGUCAUUUUCCGUUCACACCACUUGCUGCCUGAGAUGUUUAGCUAAGGAAAAUUGACAUCUUUGAA